ACGUAGAACAGACCUAAACGAUUUUAGGAGAUCAAAGAUGACAUUUAUAGCGACAUUAUUUUACUUCAAAAUAGGUUUUAAAGAUAUGAAGAAAGUGCCGCCAAACGUAUCACUGGCUGAAAUGGGUAUGGAUUCGAUGACGGCAGCUGAAAUUAAGCAAACAUUAGAAAGAGAGUUCGAUAUUUCCUUAUCAGCAAAAGACAUGAGAAAUCUUACUUUUGCUAAACUUGCCCAAAUGACAGCAAAACGAGAAGAAAUACAGGAUACAAAUCAAACUGAUUCAAGUAAUAUGGGAGGUUUUGAAAUGUUAAUUAAAAAAACAAAAGAUUCAGACUUUGCUCCAGACACUCUUGUAGAGCUUGCUACAAAGAACGAGAUUGAUCGGGAUCAUAUAUUUCUCAUACCAGGAAUUGAAGGAUGUUCAAGUGUGUAUAAAUCUAUGGCAUCAGGAAUUAAAUCAUCGGCAACGUGUUUGCAACAUGUUGUACUUAAUAUAUCUGACAAUGUUCAAACAAUAAUAAAGUUAGCUACUUGUUUGGUGCCUCACGUAUUGGAGAAAAUGAAAAAUCAAAGGAAGUUUCUAAUUGUGGGCUAUUCAUUUGGAUCUUUAAUUGCUAUUGAGUUAGUCAGAUUAUUAGAAUCUCGUGAUUUCUCUGGACGGUUAAUACUAAUAGAUGGAGCUCCUGACCAACUAAAAUUGAUGACUAAUUUUGCCCAUACUUCUCCAGCCGAAUUAGAAAAUAUAAUACUGCUUUUUUUAUUACAAGUAUACACUCGAAUUAACAAGGAAACGAUUGCGUCAGAGUUGAACAAGUGUAACACAAUCGACGAAAAAUUAAAAAUCUUUCAUACUUAUUUCCCAUUGGAUGCAAAUGUAUUGUCCAUAGAUAAUCAGAAACUCAUGUAUUACACAAUUUACAAUCAUGUGAGAGCUAUACUAGAUUACAAUAUCUCUUCAUUACCUCGCAUUAAGUCACCUAUAACAUUACUGAAACCUGCAUUUCCAAUUAUCUCUUUUCCUGAAGAGGAUUACGGUUUACAUAAGGUAAAAGAUUUAGUAUAA